AUGUUUGUACUUCCAUGUAGAAAGAUUUUAAGUAAUAUGUUGGCAUCAAUACCUAUCAACACUAGUGUAGACCCUACAUUAAUUAAAGUGCUUAAAGAAAAUGUCAAAAAUUUGAAACCUAAACAUAGAUUUUGCAGUAUACUAUUUGACGAAAUAAGUCUUAAUGCCAGUUUGCAGUACACCAGUAGCGAGGGGAAAAUAUAUGGUUUUGAAGAAAAUAGCUCAGGUCGUACUCAACAAUUUGCUGAUCACAGCCUUGUUUUUAUGGUUCGAGGAAUUGUUAAAAAUUUUAAACAGCCUAUAUGUUACUCAUUUUGCAAAAGUACAACAAACAGACAUGAUUUGGCACAUCAAAUACGUGAAGGUAUCAAAGCUGUACAAUCAACCGGCCUAAAAGUUAUAUCAACAGUUUGUGAUCAAGGUGCAACUAACUCAGCGGCUAUAGACAUCUUAAUCAAUGAUACAAAGGCAUAUUAUUGGAAGAAUAAUAAAGAAUUCAAAGGCGAUUUCUAUGAAGUGGAAUACAAUUUUAACAACAGAAAUGAACGAAUUAAAAUUUAUCAUUUGUUUGAUCCACCUCAUCYGCUAAAAGGAAUUCGGAAUAAUUUACUGACCAAAAAUGUUUCAUUUGAUAUGGAUGGUGAAAAAAUAGCUAGUUGGCGCGAUAUCAUAAACCUUUAUGAAUUGGACAGUGGUAUACCAGAUGUGAAAAUGCUUCCUAGAUUAACAAAAGAACAUGUUGUACCUAAUGAAAUCAGAAAAAUGCGUGUAAGAAAUGCUGCUCAAGUAUUGAGUCAAAGAGUUUCAUCCAUUAUGGCAUUUCUGGCAUCAAAAAAUCUUAUCGGAGAAACAGCUAGUGACACAGCUAAAUUUUGUCUUUUGUUUGACAAAUUGUUUGAUUCCGUAAAUGGUAACUUUGAUAAAGUGGUUGAUGGCAAAAUUUAUCGAACAGGAGUAAAAAGGAAUUCUCCUCAUCACCAACUGUGGGAAGAUUCUUUAAAAAUUUUAAGUACUAUGCGGUUUUUAAAUCCUUMUACUGGGAAUCCUUCCACUCCACAGCCACCAACUUUGAAGAAUUGGAUUAAAACAAUCAAAAGUUUCCAAAAUAUAUUUCAAUCGUUGAAUGAAAARGGWAUAAAGGUUUUGCUACUGAGRCAUUUCAAUSAAGAUUCGUUGGAGAACUUUUUUGGUGCGUUGCGAGCUUUAGGGUAUCGCAAUAAUAAUCCCACAUGUGAAAUGUUUUCAUCAGCUUAUAAAACCUUGCUGUUGAAUAACAUGAUGAMGACACAUUCCCCUGGCAGCAACUGUGAGGAUGAUUUCUCGGAAGCCUGUUUGAUUUCAUAUCAAACGUUGUUUGCCACAUUCAAUGACCAGCUGGAAACAGAUGAACCAGGAUUUGAUACUCAACGCGUUGCUGAUGGUUUACCCAAUGAACUAAAUUCAAACUYUAAUUCCGACCYAACAUUGUUAGAAUCCCAGACUAAAAAUUAUAUUGCAGGAUACAUUAUAAAAAAACUAAAUACCAUAUUCUUUAAAAACCGUAAUUUAUGCCUAAAGCAAAUUUGUACUAAUAUCAAUAAGAGCCAUCAAUUAAUUCAAGCUAGAGAUUAUCAGCCUAUUGGAUGUAAUGACAUUAUUAAAAAGUUAUUAACCUAG